AGCAGGCACAAAGGUCGUUGCCUUGACUAAUGUGAAGAGACUGAACCGCUAGCAGAGACUUUUCUCCUUGGCAGCCAACAACCUGCAGCCGGGAAGGCGGGCGGGGGAGGAAACCCCGAGGAGGCGCUCCCGGCCGCCUCUUUGCUGAGGUAGCAGGAGCGGCAGCCUGCGGAGCCACGGGCGCAGCGUCACCCAGCCGGUGCGGGUGCGGGGCGCUCCGGAAGGCGCAGAGGCCCGGAGGCGCUGGUGCGGCGGAGUCGCCCGCGCUGCAGGACGCCGCGCCGGGGCCGCCGGAGCGCCACGGGCCGGUCGAGCUGCAGGACGAGCCGGCGGCCGCGCGCUGCCCGGCGGCGCCGUGCCUCGAGCACCUGCUUGGAGCCCAACGGGCGAUUGAAAGAACCCGGAGAGCUCGGCCAGUCUUCCUGUUCUUGACAAAAAACAGCCAGAGCCGGGAGAAGGCGACCAUUUCAGUACUCCGCCGGACUGGGAAUUUGCUUCUCACAAUUUGGGAGAGCCCGAAUAGAGGUCAGAGGGGCAGGCGAGGAUCCCGAAAAGGAGCCGAGGGCUGUGGAAGUGGUCACCCCCUCCCCUAUUGCAGGAAAAUCUCCUUGACAUGUUUUAGCACUUUGAGGCUGCUGCAGCUGGUGUCGUCGGAAAAGGGGGUGGGAAAAAUAAGAGAGGGGGCGGGGAGAGAAGGGAGACACAGCCAAGAGCCAGGAGCAGCGCCUCCUCGCCUGCCAAUCCAGGCACCUGUGCACCGAGCCACUGCACCGAGGAGGACCCCACUCCGGGAGAACCCCGGGCUUCAAGCCACGGACAGUCAGCCCCUGGGCAGCGAGUUCUCACCGGAGGGACCUGCAACCGCCCACUCCACCGUCGCCUGCAGCCGCGGGAGCGCACGGCCCCUCCAAACCGCCCGCUGCUUCCCGGGUCCCCGGGGAUCCUCGCCUAGGAGAGGCGCGGCAGCGGACACGGGGUGUUACGGAGUUGGGUGCAAGAUUCGCCUUUUCGGCUCGUCUCUUCUCCUCCGGGGAUUUAUUGUCUGUGGAGCCUUCUGGGGUGGGGAGGGAGCUGCGCCUCCGCCACCGCCGCUGCCGCCUCUGCUGCUGCGGUCGCUUGCGCGGCGCGCAAGGCAGCGGAAGCUGGGGAGUGGAUGCGCUCCUGCCUCCCCCGCCGGCGCUUCGGGCUUCCCCUCGGCCGCUUCCCGCGGAAACCUCUCCAGCUGUCCACCUGAAGGGCACCAGCAUCAUGGUCUAACGUGGCAGCUGCUUGGAAUCCCCUCUUUCUCCUUCUCUUCUCCUGCUUCACCCCUCCUCUCCUCCGAGGACCUCGUGCCCACUCCACUGCGGACCCCCGGACACUUUAAGGAAUAACCCUCGGCAGCUGCACGAUUCACUUUCUCCGGAACCUCAUGGGCAGUUUCUCCCGCCGGCGAUGAUGGAGAACUUAAUACGGGGACGGAAUCCCCCACAAUAUCAGAGAAGUCCUUGUAAAGAAGUUCGUGCAGCACUUCGGAAGAGGCCUGAAGAGGAGUGAGCCCGCUACAUGAAAAAAAUGCAAGUCAAAGUGGUCACAACCUAGAAGUCUGCAGAGACAGGAAUAACUAGCAAUGCAGUGCCUGGAGAUGACCACCAAGCGGAAAAUCAUUGGCCGUCUGGUGCCGUGCCGAUGUUUCCGAGGUGAAGAAGAAAUCAUCUCAGUUUUGGAUUACUCCCACUGCAGCCUUCAGCAGGUGCCAAAGGAGGUUUUUAACUUUGAACGGACAUUGGAGGAGCUUUACCUAGAUGCCAAUCAAAUUGAAGAGCUACCAAAGCAAUUGUUCAACUGUCAAGCUCUAAAAAAGCUAAGUAUUCCUGACAAUGACCUUUCAAAUCUGCCAACCACUAUCGCUAGUUUAGUAAACCUUAAAGAACUCGACAUCAGUAAAAAUGGUGUACAAGAAUUUCCAGAAAACAUAAAGUGCUGUAAGUGUUUAACAAUUAUUGAAGCCAGUGUCAAUCCCAUUUCUAAACUCCCUGACGGCUUCACGCAGCUUCUGAAUCUGACCCAGCUCUACCUGAAUGAUGCCUUUCUUGAAUUUCUUCCAGCCAAUUUUGGAAGACUUGCCAAAUUGCGGAUAUUGGAGUUAAGAGAAAAUCACUUGAAAACUCUACCAAAGUCAAUGCACAAACUGGCCCAGUUGGAAAGACUUGAUCUAGGCAAUAAUGAAUUCAGUGAGCUGCCUGAAGUUCUGGAUCAAAUACAAAAUCUAAGGGAGUUGUGGAUGGAUAAUAAUGCAUUGCAAGUUCUACCUGGGUCUAUAGGGAAGUUAAAGAUGUUGGUAUACCUGGAUAUGUCAAAAAACAGAAUAGAGACUGUUGACAUGGACAUUUCUGGAUGCGAAGCCCUGGAGGACCUCUUACUGUCAUCCAAUAUGUUGCAACAGUUGCCUGACUCUAUAGGGUUGUUGAAAAAGCUAACUACUCUAAAAGUAGAUGACAAUCAACUUACGAUGCUACCCAAUACAAUCGGAAAUUUAUCUUUAUUAGAAGAAUUUGACUGUAGCUGUAAUGAACUGGAGUCUCUACCUUCUACUAUUGGCUACCUUCACAGUCUUCGAACAUUAGCAGUCGACGAGAACUUCCUUCCAGAAUUGCCCAGAGAAAUUGGAAGCUGUAAGAAUGUAACGGUCAUGUCUCUACGCUCCAAUAAACUGGAAUUUCUUCCUGAAGAGAUUGGACAGAUGCAGAAACUAAGAGUCUUAAAUCUGAGUGACAACAGAUUGAAGAAUUUACCAUUCUCAUUUACCAAGCUGAAGGAGCUUGCAGCUUUGUGGCUUUCUGACAAUCAGUCCAAAGCCCUUAUCCCUUUACAAACUGAAGCCCAUCCAGAAACAAAGCAAAGAGUAUUGACUAACUACAUGUUUCCCCAGCAACCUCGUGGUGAUGAAGAUUUCCAGUCAGACAGUGACAGCUUUAACCCUACACUAUGGGAAGAACAGAGACAACAACGCAUGACUGUUGCCUUUGAAUUUGAAGAAAAAAAGGAAGAUGACGAAAAUGCUGGGAAAGUUAAGGAUCACUCCUGCCAAGCCCCCUGGGAAAGGGGCCAGCGUGGGAUUACUCUCCAACCUGCCAGACUGUCUGGCGAUUGCUGCACACCAUGGGCCAGGUGUGAUCAGCAGAUCCAAGAAAUGCCUGUCCCCCAGAAUGACCCACAGCUGGCAUGGGGUUGUAUAAGUGGCCUCCAGCAGGAAAGGAGCAUGUGUUCUCCAUUGCCAGUAGCAGCACAAUCUACCACUCUUCCCUCUCUAAGUGGCAGACAGGUUGAAAUAAACCUAAAACGAUAUCCAACUCCUUAUCCAGAGGAUUUAAAGAAUAUGGUAAAAUCUGUUCAAAAUCUGGUGGGUAAACCAAGCCAUGGAGUGCGUGUUGAGAAUUCAAAUCCAACUGCUAACACGGAGCAAACUGUGAAAGAAAAAUAUGAACACAAGUGGCCCGUAGCCCCAAAGGAGAUUACAGUGGAGGAUUCUUUUGUUCAUCCAGCUAAUGAAAUGAGGAUUGGGGAACUUCACCCUUCAUUAGCUGAGACCCCUCUGUACCCACCCAAACUUGUUCUGCUAGGGAAGGACAAAAAAGAAUCAACUGAUGAGUCUGAAGUUGACAAAACUCACUGUCUGAAUAACAGUGUUUCCUCAGGCACUUACUCAGACUACUCACCUUCCCAGGCUUCCUCAGGAUCCUCUAACACCCGGGUUAAAGUGGGGUCCUUGCAGACAACAGCUAAAGAUGCAGUACAUAAUUCUUUGUGGGGUAACAGGAUUGCACAAUCUUUCCCACAGCCUCUUGAUGCAAAGCCAUUACUCAGCCAGCGGGAGGCUGUCCCCCCAGGGAACCUACCACAGCGUCCUGACCGGCUGCCAAUGAGUGACGCAUUCACAGACAACUGGACGGAUGGCUCCCAUUAUGAUAACACGGGGUUCGUUGCCGAGGAGACCACAGGCGAGAAUGCCAACAAUAAUCCCCUCCUGAGUUCGAAAGCUAGAAGCACAUCUUCUCAUGGACGCAGGCCUUUGAUUAGGCAGGAUAGGAUUGUUGGUGUUCCCCUGGAACUUGAGCAGUCUACACACAGACACACACCAGAAACAGAAGUGCCUCCUUCCAAUCCUUGGCAGAAUUGGACCAGAACCCCUAGUCCUUUUGAAGACAGGACUGCUUUCCCUUCCAAAUUAGAGACAACCCCUACCACCAGCCCAUUGCCUGAAAGGAAAGAACACAUAAAAGAAUCUACUGAAAUACCUAGUCCUUUUUCUCCAGGAGUACCAUGGGAGUAUCACGAUUCUAACCCCAACAGGAGUCUCAGUAAUGUCUUUUCUCAAAUCCACUGCCGCCCAGACUCUUCUAAAGGUGUUAUUUCGAUUAGCAAAAGCACAGAGAGACUUUCCCCACUAAUGAAAGAUAUCAAGUCCAAUAAAUUCAAAAAGUCACAGAGUAUCGAUGAGAUUGACAUUGGUACAUACAAGGUUUAUAACAUACCAUUAGAAAACUAUGCUACUGGGAGUGACCACUUAGGAAGUCAUGAACGACCUGACAAAAUGUUGGGAUCAGAGCAUGGUAUGUCCAGUAUGUCUCGAAGCCAGUCAGUCCCAAUGCUGGAUGAUGAGAUGCUCACCUACGGAAGCGGUAAAGGGCCUCAACAACAGAAAGCGUCCAUGACCAAAAAAGUCUAUCAGUUUGACCAAAGCUUCAAUCCCCAAGGAGCAGUGGAAGUUAAAGCAGAAAAGAGGAUACCGCCCCCUUUUCAACACAAUUCUGAGUACGUGCAGCAACCCGGGAAAAACAUCGCCAAGGAUUUGGUUAGUCCUCGAGCUUACCGAGGAUACCCACCAGUGGAGCAAAUAUUUUCAUUUUCUCAGCCGUCUGUUAAUGAAGAUGCUGUGGUCAACGCCCAGUUUGCAAGUCAAGGCGCCAGGGCAGGCUUCUUGAGAAGAGCUGACUCCCUGGCGAGCUCUACAGAAAUGGCCAUGUUUAGAAGGGUCAGUGAACCUCAUGAGCUAACUCCGAGUGAUAGGUAUGGCCGACCUCCGUAUAGGGGUGGUCUGGAUCGCCAAAGCAGCGUUUCAGUGACUGAGUCCCAGUUCCUGAAAAGGAAUGGCAGGUAUGAAGAUGAACACCCUUCAUAUCAAGAAGUGAAAGCUCAGGCGGGAAGUUUUCCAGUUAAAAACCUUACCCAAAGGAGGCCAUUGUCUGCGAGAAGCUACAGUACAGAGAGUUACGGUGCCUCCCAAACCAGGCCAGUUUCAGCUAGGCCUACUAUGGCAGCUCUUUUGGAAAAAAUACCAUCUGACUAUAACUUGGGUAACUAUGGUGACAAGCCAUCAGAUAACAGUGAUAUAAAGACGAGGCCCACUCCUGUCAAGGGAGAGGAGAGCUGUGGUAAAAUGCCUGCAGACUGGAGACAACAGCUGCUUAGACAUAUAGAAGCUAGAAGGUUAGACAGGACCCCGUCCCAGCAAAGCAACAUUUUAGACAAUGGACAAGAAGAUGUAUCUCCUAGUGGCCAAUGGAAUCCUUAUCCUCUUGGGAGGCGGGAUGUACCUCCGGACACCAUUACUAAAAAGGCAGGCAGCCACAUCCAGACCUUGAUGGGCUCCCAAAGCCUUCAGCAUCGUAGUCGGGAGCAGCAGCCGUAUGAGGGAAACAUAAACAAAGUGACCAUCCAGCAAUUUCAGUCACCAUUGCCCAUUCAGAUCCCCUCUUCACAGGCCACUCGGGGACCUCAGCCUGGACGGUGCUUAAUUCAAACUAAAGGGCAGAGGAGUAUGGAUGGAUAUCCAGAGCAGUUUUGUGUGAGAAUAGAAAAGAAUCCUGGCCUUGGAUUUAGUAUCAGUGGUGGAAUUAGUGGACAAGGAAAUCCAUUUAAACCUUCUGACAAGGGUAUCUUUGUUACUAGGGUUCAACCUGAUGGACCAGCAUCCAACCUGCUACAGCCUGGUGAUAAAAUCCUUCAGGCCAAUGGACAUAGUUUUGUACAUAUGGAACACGAAAAAGCUGUAUUACUCCUGAAGAGUUUCCAGAACACAGUAGACCUAGUUAUUCAACGUGAGCUUACUGUCUAAAUAUUUUUUAUAAAUAGUGAAGAUACGUCUAGCCAGACCUAAUGUUCAAAUAAAUUUAUACAUAGAAACAAAUUUUGCCAAUUGCUGGACCAAUGGCAAACAUUAGUGCCAAAUGUAUAAUACUAUAAUGUUAGCACUGAUCAUCCUUAAAAAUGUUAACUAUAUAAAUAUGAUGUUCAUGUGGUUAUGUAUUAGUUUUAAUUGUCAGCCUCUGGCUGUGCAUUGGUGCAGUUUUGGUUUUGAUUUUGUUUUUUUUUUAAUUGAAUAAGUUUCUUCUCAAAGUGGAUUUCAUAUAAUUUCGGAGCACGGAAGCACACACAAGCUCUUUAUGAAUUCUGCUCUCCAUCAGAAACACUGCCUCAAAAUUGUAUAUGCCUUUAUAUAGAAAAUACAAAUAUAAAGAAUUGUAAUUCCCAUAAAAUAUUUCUAGCACAAAGUAUAUGUUGGCAUAUAAACAAAAAGAAUAUAGAUUAAAAAAACAAUAUUUUCAUAAAUUAAACAUCUCGGAUUGAGAAAGAAAAUAUAUCUUAAAAUAAGACUUUACUAUAUUGAAUCUUUUUCAAUAAAAAUUACAAGAUAAUGCCUUAUGAAAGUAACUGUACAUAUGGUAUAAAGUGUUUAUAUUUGGUUCCAUAUUCAUUUGCUAAAUUCUCAUAACACAGAGUGAAAUAUUUCAUCAGUUAGCCAUUUACCUCUGGGACCUGAAUAAAAGAUAGAACAACCUAAUUUGUUCAAUGCCUUUAGCUAAUUACAAUACAGACAGAGUUAAGAAAAAGACUAAAGGUCAUUGUAGAUAAAUCUUUUUCACCACAAAUGUAAGCAGUGAAAUGAUGGGUGGCAGCAAAGUGUUGCUUUAUUUCUUUCAAGUUUAUGUUGACUAUAUACUGUAGCCCUGUGAUUUCUUUACUUGUAAAUGUGGAAUUUAUUUGUGUGUUGCUUUAUCCAAUUUGCUACUUUUAAAUCAUUUUAAAUGAGUUUGGGGUAUUGAUAAAAUUUAUCAUUAAGAAAGACUAUUGUUAGAAAGUUAUGGGGGUGAUAAAAUAAACUUUGGUAUUUAAAUAUGAAACUUCAAAUAUAAUUUCUCAGAGCCAUGGUCUAUCUGUAUUACUAUUUCCAUGCCCACCUUGGAGGGCAAAGUAGAGAAAAUAUCUUUUUUCCCCCAAAAGUUGCAAAGUACAUAUAAUCUUAAAUUCUGUCUCACCGAAGAGAAAGAUAAGGAUCAUUAAUAGAGAAUUACUUAUUUUUACAUUGGAAAUGUUUUUCUUUACCAAUGAUCAAAAUUCAUUGUAUAACCCUUUAAAAAUGUUUCUUUUAUAUAUUAGUCAUUCAUUUGUUAAAUUAUUAAUUUCAAAUUCCAGAAUAAUUUCCCAGAGUUGCUUACAUGCAUUCUCUCUCAUAUUUUGACAUAGCUCUCUUUUUUAAAAUAUAUAUAAUGAAUUUACUUUACAUGCCAGUGUUCCAAGUAUCUUGUUAAGAUUUUCAUGACAGUAUCACAUAUUGAUGUCACCAAAGCUCUGAGAGUAAUAUUUGUAAGUUAACUGUUUUAUGGGGACAUUGAAAAUAUUGUAUUUUUGUAGGGUCUAUUAAAAUGAGUGUCACUUA